AAUAGCAGGAAGCCCAAAGAUGGUGGUACCUGCCGCUGAAAGAGUCACGGGUGGUCAGAAUAGCCAGCAGUGGUCGAAGGAGGCUCCUGCAACUUAUGAUCGAUUCUUGUCAGCAAGUUGGACUCAAAGGAAAGCACAAAACAAAACAGAAGAGUUGUGAGCAAAGGACGUCGAGGCCAGAAAGUUGCAACAAGCCUGGUUCAGCCCGCGAUUGCGCCUCCCAAAAAUUAAUGCCAAAAGGGCAAAAAAUCAGCCCUCUGGAGUGCAACCCCGCAUACAAAAGUGAAAUGUGCAAUCUCGCCAGACUGCAUUUAUCAAGGUUCAUCAACAGGUUGAUCACGCACGAGCCUGUUGACGAACAGUCACGUCGAGAUGCAAAACACACCUCGGUGCUCACGAUAUCACGAGGACAAGUGUCUGGCGAAUCAUCAUCGCGUCGUGAUGACAAGGAGGUGAGUCGAGGACGAACAGAAGUUACAGAACCACUCGUCUCAGGGCUUACAAGUACAUGCUAUUUAUUGUUUACCAAUGUCCCAAGCUCAUGGCUGCCUCCGUGCGCCCGCGCAUCCCACCUAGCCACCGACAAGAAGCGGAUCACUCUUUCCGUCCAUACUAUUACUUGCACAAAGAGGAGGGAGAAGGCGGCCGAGACAACCCACAGCAAGAGUACAAGGCUGACCAUGCACACAAUGAAUGAACAAUUCACAUCAGGCGAGUAGAAUCCAAGUCUCGAAAUCCCAGUCGAGAUCGCAGCCACCUCCGAGGCACUGAUUUGCCAUCAUCGAGUCUAGACCAGACCUUUGCUGGCUGUCCCACCUCGCCCACAAUGCGUCUUCGGGCGUGUUCACCCCGAGGUGUACAUAGGCCUGGUGGGUGUGUCACUGUGAUGACCCGACCCCCGAGCAUAGCGAGACGGCAUUGAACCUCGGGGAACCUCAAACC